UUUAGUUUUCCACGGAACUUGCAUUCUGUUUGGUCUCCUUCAACCUUCACACACUGACACUCAUAAUUAUCCUGCACAUCCAAAUUCACCAUGUCAAGCCAACCCCAGACACCGUUCCUCGAGCAAUGGCUCACCACCAGGUCCGGCAGCACCACCGCCGCCAAAGCCACCGCCAAAACCACCGCUCGAGCCAUAAUUCAAGCGUGGACCGCACUCCGAGACUCCCUCCAAUCCCCCAUUCCCCAACCCCUCCCACUCCACCACCUCCAAACCCUCGUCAAUUCCCAAUCCUCGCUCCACGUCGCACAACCCCAAGCCUCGCUCCUCCUUCACCUUCUCCAAUCCAAAUCCAUUUCUCCCACCUCCCUCCCUCUUCUCUCCACACUCCUCUACACUUGGCUUCGAAAAUCCGCUAACCCUACUUCAACCAUAAUCGAUUCCGCUCUCCAAACUCUCUCCGAUUCUCAUCUCGAUUCCUUUUCCCCCGAGGUCCUUCUCCUCUUGGGCGCCAUUUCCUUCGCGCCUUCUGCUUCUCACAAUACCAAGACGCGCUGUUUGGACAUGAUGGCCAGAAUUUUGGCGCCGGAGAAGGGUAAAUUGCGCGCAGAACCGCGUGUUCUCGCCGGAAUUGGUUAUGCCCUGUCCUCCUCCGUGGAUGCUUCUUGUGUUGAGAUUUUGGAUUCGUUGUUUCGAAUUUGGGGGAAGGGAGAGGGAUGUGUUGCUCAUGGACUCAUGGUUCUUUAUCUCUUUGAUUGGGUUGUUUCCAAUUUGAUUGGUUUUGGGUGUUUGGACAAAAUGCGUGUUUUGGUGCUAGAAUGUUUUGGGAGUGUUAAGGAGCAUUAUGCUUCCUUUGCUGUUUUCAUGGCUGCGGUUGGGGUGUUGCGAGCUUUGGAGAGACGGGGCGUGGGGUCGGAUUUUACGAGGGUGAGGGAGUGUGUUGUUGGUAGGAUUGAGGGUUUGGUUAGUGGUUUGGUUUCGAGGGUGUCGCGGUUUGGUUAUAAUGACAAUGAUGAGGGCGAUUCUGCUGAAGAAGAUAGGCUUUUGCUUCGGUGUGUGGCGUUGGGAUUGGCAAGGACUGUGGCGAUUUCGGGGCAUUCGGCUUUGUUUGUUUCUCUUGCUUUGGCGUUGUUGAGUGAGAUAUUUCCUUUGCCGCGAUUGUAUCGGUCGGUGUUUGAGAGGUCGCGUGGUUUGGGUGGAGUGGAUGUUAAGGAGAUCAGGGAGCAUCUGGAUGGUGUCCUGUUCAAGGAUGCAGGAGCUGUGACGGCGGUGUUGUGCAGUCAGUAUGUUGUAGCUGAUGAGGAGAAUAAGAAUGUGGUGGAGAAUCUUGUGUGGGAAUACUCUCGGGAUGUCUACUUUGGACAUAGGCAAGCGGCUGUGAUGCUUAAGGGUGAAAAAGUUGAGCUGCUUGAGGGUUUGGAGAAAGUUGCGGAAUCUGCUUUUCUUAUGGUUGUGGUAUUCGCGUUGGCAGUGACAAAACACAAGCUGAACUCCAAUUUUGCUCAAGAAAUACAGAUGGAUGUCUCGUUGAAGAUACUAGUUUCGUUUUCUUGUGUUGAGUAUUUUCGCCAUGUCCGCCUGCCGGAGUAUAUGGAGACCAUUCGCAAGGUGGUUGCUGGUGUUAAGAAUGAGGAUGCUUGUACUUCUUUUGUGAACUCCAUGCCCUCUUAUGCUGACCUGACAAAUGGCCCAGACCAGAAAACCAAUUACUUAUGGUCCAAGGAUGAAGUGCAAACUGCUCGCAUUUUGUUUUACCUACGAGUCAUUCCAACUUUCGUUGAAUGUUUGCCCAGCCUUGUGUUCAGAAACAUGGUAGUUCCAACUAUGUUCUUAUAUAUGGAGCACCCAAAUGGAAAAGUAGCUCGAGCCUCUCAUUCUGUGUUUGUUGGAUUCAUGACUAUGGGAAAGGAUUCUGAAAAGAACGAUGAAGUUUCAUUGAAGGAGCAACUUGUUUUCCAUUAUGUGCAAAGAUCCUUAUUGGGAUAUCCUGGCAUUACUCCUUUUGAGGGUAUGGCUUCUGGGGUUGUAGGAAUUGUACAACAUCUUCCUGCUGGAAGCCCUGCCAUUUUUUAUUGCAUUCACAGUCUUGUUGAAAAAGCCAAUCAGCUCUGUUCUGAAGUCUUCACUUAUGAGGCUGAUGCAUGGAAGAAGUGGCAAGGAGAGCCAGAACCGAGCAAGAAAUUAAUGGACUUGCUUUUACGCUUAGUGUUCCUCGUUGAUAUACAAGUCUUGCCCGACUUGAUGAAACUGUUGGCACAGCUGAUCACUAAGUUACCACAAGAUGCACAGAACAUUGUUUUGAAUGAGUUAUAUUCACAAGUGGCAGAUUCUGAUGAUGUUGUUCGUAAACCCACACUGGUUUCGUGGCUUCAGUCAUUAGCUUACCUUUGCACUAAGGCUACAAAUCAAAAUGCAGUCAAUCGAAAAAGUGAAAGUGAAGAUAACCGGACUUUGGCCAGUAUUGCAGACCCAUUAAACAGUGGAAGAACAACUGCACGACUAUAAGAGAUUCAGGUCUCUCUUUUGUGGGAACUUGCUGGCAACAACUAAUCUUGCUCACCAGAAGAGUUCCGGAUUCAGAUAUCUGUAGCGAUUAAGAUUUUGUAUGCUACUGAUGCAAAGGAACCAGCAUUAUAUGAAGUAACCAAUCAGCCAUGAGGCUUGAGCUACUUAGACUAAUCAGGAAAUCCUGGGCUUCAUAUAAUGCUUCGAGUAGCUCCUGUGAAGCCUGAUUGGUUACUUCGAAAACUGAAGGACGAUUAUUCCCAAAAGCCUUCCGUGACCACGAUACCGGUAAUCCUUCUCCAUGCUUAUUCCAUAAAGUGCCAUUAAAUCACAUGGUUUUAGCUGCAGUGUUCUUGUUUACUUCUUGUAAGCCUGCCUGGAUGGAUAAUCAGAGGAUAUUUUGGCUGAUCUUUCUAAUAAAUACAGCUCAUCUCACAGUCCACUUCCACCUUUCAAGAAGAGUUUUUCAAUGAACGUUGCUUUAAAAAGGAUGUUGUGCAGCGAUUGUAUUUAGUAUGUAUUGGUGCGUCUGUUGUAUAAAUUAGCUCAUGCCCUCUGAAUACUCUUGUGAUAUGUGAAAUAAGUCUGAUUCAAAUGUAAAGUCUGUCCCAUAUCCUGUAUUGUGCAUCAGUGUAUCUAGAGUAACGUUAGGAUGUUGACAAUAUUUGUACAAAAUUUUAUUAUAGUUUGAAAUUCAUAUAGGAGUAGUUUUUUAA